AUGGAUUCGAGAUAUGAUAUUCAGCGGAGGGCCGGUGGAGGCGGCUUCAGGGGGGUCUCCGCCAGUGGAUCCCCUGCUCUGGGAGCCCAGUCUCGGCGUAGGAAAAUUCCACCUCGGCCGGCAGACUUUAAGCUUCAAAUUAUUAUUAUCGGUUCUAGGGGCGUAGGAAAGACUAGUCUCAUGGAGCGAUUUACCGACGACACGUUCUGUGAAGCAUGCAAAUCAACUGUUGGCGUUGAUUUCAAAAUAAAAACGGUUGAGCUGAGAGGGAAGAAGAUCAGAUUGCAGAUCUGGGACACAGCAGGUCAAGAGAGAUUUAACAGUAUUACUUCAGCAUACUACCGUGGGGCCAAAGGCAUUGUGUUGGUCUAUGACAUCACUAAGCAGGAAACCUUCGACGACUUGCCCAAAUGGAUGAAGAUGAUUGACAAGUACGCCUCAGAAGAUGCUGAGCUGCUGCUGGUUGGGAAUAAGCUGGACUGUGAGGCUGAUCGUGUCAUAACGAGAACGCAGGCUGAGAGGUUUGCUUCACGGAUAUCAGGGAUGCGCUUCUGUGAGGCUAGUGCCAAGGAUAACUUCAAUGUGGAUGAGAUCUUUCUAAAACUAGUGGAUGAUAUUUUGAGCAAGAUGCCUCUUGAAGUUCCAAACAAGGAGCUUUCCAACAGCAUCCUGUCUCUGCAGCCGGAGCCCGAGAUACCCCCGGAGCUGCCCCCACCACGCAUGCGAUGCUGCUGAGAUGCCU